AAGGUUCGUCCGAGGUUUGUACAACCUGGAGAGCUUGAAGUAAACAAGAAGCGCCUACGUUCAACUACAAUGCGAAAAUCAUCAAUAACUCCUCAACCAAUCGAAACUAUAAUAACUUCUCCGCCAAUCCAAACUACAAUAACCCCUCCACUAAUCCAAACUACAAAAGAUGUUGUGGUAGGAGAGGAGAUUGAAUAUGAUGUGGUAAGAGAUGAGGUUGAAGAUGAUAUGGUAGGAGAUGAGGCUGAAGAUAUUGUGGUAGGAGAUCGGGCUGAAGAUGUUAUGGUAGGAGAUGAGAAUGAAGAUGUUGUUGUGGAAGAUGAGACUAGAGAUAUUGUUAAAAAGGCUAAAUCUGUGUAUUGGGAUGUAAAUGUCAUUAAUGAAGAGGGUCAUGUUUCAAGCACACGUUUAUGUGUGCAAGACUUGGUUGCGAAUUCAGAGCCCGAUGGAACGUGGAUAAUACUUGAAUUCAAUAAUGAUCAUUGUGCAAUAGGACAAGCUUCUGGUUUGUUGGCAGGGUAUUUAGGCAUGAUUAUUAGAAUGUAUAAAGACAUUCCCAUAAUGUUCGAGAGUUGGAAAGAUAUUCCAGAGGAAACAAAAACAAAGUUUUAUGAUUCAAAGAUAAAGCUCCAUUUUCUUGUUGAUGAUGGGCGUGACAAAGAAUUCGUACUUGCUUCUGCUGCAAAGAAAUGGAAGGAUGGCCGACAUUAUUUGUUUCGUAAAUUUUAUAAAUGGGAUCUCACUUUGGAGGAAAAUCUUCAAAAGUUUCCAACAGUCCGAGGCAUUCCGGAACACGAUUGGGCUGUUUUUGUUCAAUAUAGACGGAAAGAAAAAACACAAAAAAUAGCCCAAAAAAAUGCUCAAAAUAGAGCAAAAUUGAAGGCUCCUCACACACUCGGAUCUAAGUCGCUUGCAAGGAAGAAGCAUGAGUUGGAAUCAAGAGAUGGGCGAACAUACAGCAGAGGAGAAAUGUAUGCAAUUUCUCAUACAAAGUCUGACGGGUCUUUUGUCAAUGAAGAUGCAUUCAACAAUAAUACCUUAGAAACAAUGGGUGUAAUCCUCUGUUAUAUAAAUUCUCAAUUUUUUCUUUUCCAUGUGCAGGAAAAAUUACAAGCUGCAAUUAAGGAUUUUGGGUCUGAAAAUGAGGCAUUUCAGAAAGUAUUUGGAAAAGAACAACAUGGAUAUGUUCGUAGUAUGGGACUUGGAGUUACGCCAUCUCAGAUUAAUAGAUCUACGAGAUCAGCAUCUUCUUCUGCAGAAAAUGAAAAAAUAAAAGAAAUGCAAGAAGAAAUUAAUGCACUUAAAGAAAAGAAUUCAAAAAUUGAUGAAUUGAUGGAGGCAAUCACACUCUUAAAGAAAAGGGAUGAUGCUAGGACAAAGGAAAUUGAACUCUUAAUGCAAAUGCAAAAUUCGAGUGGAAGACAGGGAUUGGAAUCACCCGCUGAUGGUAGACGUUCAUCUGAGUCUAGCUACCGAAUUGCAGAUAAUGGAUCAUCUAGAAGAACAAAUUAGACUUUACUAUAAAUUAAUUAGAUUAUGAACUUUCUUAAGUAUUUUUGGCAUAAUGUGUUUAUUAUUAUAAGAUUAGGAUUUGAUGUGUUUUCGGUAUUUUGUACUACAUGACAUGAUUAUGGAACUCGCAUUU